AUGUGUCAGACCAACUCAGACCAUUUCACUAAAGCACAUCUCAAUUGCAGUACCUGCUACCAGUCUGCUGACAAAAGUUGUAUUCUUUUUCUUUGUCUUGCAGCUUUUGCCAUAGGCUGGGAUAUGAACAACUCAAGUGAUUACUGGAAUGAGGACGAGAGUGAUCUCAAUUCUGUGAUAGAUUACAACACGUAUGAGUUGCUUUGUGAAAAGGAUGAUGUAAGAAAUUUCAGUAAAUUAUUCCUCCCUGUGUUCUAUGCAUUGGCUUUCACUGUUGGAGUCGCUGGAAAUUCAUUAGUGGUAGCAAUUUAUGCCUAUCUGAAGAAACCAAAGACUAAGACAGAUGUGUACAUCAUGCAUCUGGCCAUUGCUGAUUUGCUGUUGCUCUUCACUCUCCCAUUUUGGGCUGCAAAUGCAGUGCAGGGAUGGGAACUUGGAAACGCAAUGUGCAAGCUCACUUCUUCUUUAUACACCAUGAAUUUCAGCUCUGGCAUGCUGUUCCUGGCCUGCAUCAGUGUGGAUAGAUACAGGGCCAUUUCCAAAUCUCAAGGUCACAGAAGAGCUGGAAAACCGUGCAGCAUAACCUGUAUCUGGGUCUGGCUGUCUGCUAUUGUGCUCAGUAUCCCUGAACUGAUAUUUAACCAAGUGAAGAAGUACAAUGACAGGAAUGAAUGCCUUCCUGUAUUUCCCGCGAACACAGAAACACUCUUAAAAGCAGCCAUUCAAAUCCUGGAAAUUAUCCUGGAAUUUCUGCUUCCUUUCCUGGUAAUGCUGACCUGCUAUUCAGCCACUGCUAGAGCAAUCUUUAGAUCUCCAAAUGCCAAAAAGUCUAGACCCUUCAUAGUUCUGUUGGCAGUAGUGGCCACUUUCAUUAUUACUCAACUGCCUUACAACAUUGUUAAGUUUUGGCGUGCCAUAGAUAUCAUCUACCUGUUGAUUACUGACUGUGAUGCAAGUAAAACUAUAGAUGUUGCACUCCAGGUAACCAAGAGCAUAGCUUUGUUUCACACCUGCCUGAACCCUCUUCUGUAUGCCUUUCUGGGUGCUUCUUUUAAAAUGCAUAUUAUGAAAAUGGCAAAAAAUUAUGGAUCCUGGAGAAGACAACAACAGAAUGGAAUAACAGAAGAAAUUUCUAUGAAUUAUGAAGACCAUACAGAAGAAACAAUUAGCUUCACUAUAUAGACAAUCAAUUACUUUCAUUUUCAUAUAUACAAAAGGAAUUAUUUACCAAUUAAAGGGGUAUUAUUUCCACAUCGGUUUUGCAAGUUAACCUUCAGAUGAAUUUCUGGACCUACCAACUAGCCAAGACACUACAAUGCUGUUCAAAACGAAACAUGUUGAUCAAAAACAAGCAUCAGGCACGAACUGUAUACUAAGAGUGCUGGGAACAACUGGAAAUAGUUACUUUAAAAAAAAAAAAAAAAAAAAAAGAUUUAAAAGGGUCACAGUACUAGGCUAUUAUAUAGCUGAGUAAUCAACAAUCUGUACAUGCUUAAAAUAGAAAAAGAAACCAACAGCAAUAAAACCACAGUACAGGAACUUUUAUACCAAAAGUUAGUAAUUUUCAUGCCUUUAAAAUGUAACAUGGUAGGUGCGUUUCUGCAUUUUGUAACAGCUUAGAAUGUUUGCCUAUAAAUAUUUUCCAUGCUUUUCCCUAACUAUCAUACCAUAUCAUACCCUUACAGCAAUGAAUGAACCGAGGCAUCAGUUCACAGCUGAGAAUUAAGUUAGGAAAAAGGAAGAAGAAAAAAGCUAUUAUGAGUUUCCACAUAUACAUAGCAACAUCAACAUCCCUCCAUGAAAAUCAACAACUCCUUCUCUGUAACUACCUAAUUUCAUCUCUCCCUUUCAUUUUCUGCUCACUCUGGACUUUCAGCAAGCCCAGUGUCAAGAAGCACAUUCCAGAUCUCUGGUUCCAAUUCUAGAUUCAUACGAUGUGAUUAUCCAGGAUCUCAUAUUCUUAUCACUUCCUAAAAAAUGGCUAAGCUUUCCUCUCACUCUUACAUAAUCCUUGGGCAACAAGUAUCAGGCAAUGUAGGAAUGGCCUUACAUUUUUCAGCUAUCGCAUAUCUUAAUUUUGAACAGGAGCCCUAUGAUCUAUUACAAAAAUAUAGACUUUUUAUAUGUACCUUUAUUGCAUGUCUGUGGAUUUUACAGGUGUCAUAUGGGCUCUGAGCUUUUAUACCUAGCUCAGAUAACUCAAGAAUAACUGAAAGAAGAGGUUAAACUAUAUGUAGUAGAGCCAGAUGCAGACAGUUAUAGUCCUUAAGAAAGAAACUAAUGACAGGGAAGAACUGACCUGUGAAAGCAAGAAGGUAAUUGUUUUGAAACUGUUUGUUCUUAUGUUACAGUUAAGUACUUAAUGAAUAAUACGCUGCUUUUCUGCUCUCCAUAGUCUAUUUAUCUUCAGAGAGCCACAUCCCUCUUGUAACUAAACUAAUUCCAUUUGAUAUCCAAGGAUAACCUCAAGAAAAAAAUCUUACGCAGCUGAUACAGGAAAUAAUGUAACAAAGUCCCUAGAAUAAGAAAAAAAUAGAUAGCCACUGAAUUCCUAGAGAUUCUCACAACAAAAAUAGUAUGAGGAAAGACAUAAGUUGGUAAAAGACUGCAAGAGGGAACGUAGAAGGUGGGGGGCCAGUAUUCCACAACGGGGAAAUUACACAUUGUUCACUUAAUUAAUGUUGUUAAGAGAGGCAGUGUGCUGCAGAUUUGCCCAAGAAUUGCAUGGUUAAAUAAACAGAAGAUUCUGUUUACUGUGAUAAAAGAAAUCAACAAGUGUGUGCGUAUAUACAAAAACGAUCUACUUCUUCAAUCUUUUCAGUUGUCUUUGCUCUGCCCAAAGUUCUAACAACCACUCAUAUUCCAAGUGUUAUUCCUCUAGAGUAUGCAUAGAACUUAAACUAUUUCCUUGGCUAUACAAUGGCACCAUAUGAAGAUUUGGCUUUGUAAAUGUCAAAAUAGUACAAAGUAUUAGCAAGAAUGUAAGAAAAAGUUUUAAUCUUCUGACAUAGGGCCUGGAAUUUCGAGUAGGAAUUUGUAAAACAAUUAAACACUGCAAUAAUUAUAAUCUUCUACAAUAAAAUAU